AGGCAGCGUGCUGUUGUUCGGCUCAACGGCAAAUGAGAUAGUCAGCCAAAAUGUUGAGAGUUACGAUUCGGGCAGAUAUGGGAGCCCUUUGGGUGUUAUUCUGUAUCACCUAUUCUCAGUUUUUGACCGUAUCCUCUGAUGACAUAGUAGUCGCAUGCGGGGGAUUUGUGAAAUCCGACGUUGAAAUCAAUUACUCUCUGAUCGAGAUUAAGCUGUAUACCAAACAAGGUUCCUUAAAAUAUCAAACGGAUUGUGCUCCAAUCAAUGGCUACUUCAUGAUUCCGCUUUAUGACAAGGGGGACUUUGUUUUGAAGAUUGAGCCUCCUCUUGGGUGGAGCUUUGAGCCAACCAGUGUUGAUCUGCAUGUGGAUGGAGUGAGUGACAUCUGUACAAAAGAAGAAGACAUCAAUUUUGUUUUCACCGGUUUUUCAGUCACAGGAACGGUUCUGAGUAAAGGCCAUCUCCUGGGUCCAGCUGGAGUAGAAGUCAAACUCAGCCGCGUGGGAACAGAGGAGAAACUUCAGAGUGUCGUCACACUGCCUGGAGGAAAGUAUACCUUUUUAAAAGUACUCCCUGGACAAUAUGACAUCACAGCCACCCAUCCCUCCUGGAAUCUGGAGCAGAGUACCACCUCAGUGCAUGUCUCCAAUGCCAAUGCCCCAGCUGCCGACCAUCUGGUAGUUGGAGGCUACGAUGUGUCAGGGGAGGUCCGCAGUGAUGGAGAGCCCAUGAAAGAGGUCACCUUCCUGUUGUACUCAGCCACAGUCAAGAGAGAGGACGUCAGUGGCUGUAACACAUCCCCAGUGGAGGGGGCAGAUUCUGGGGACAGCUCCCUGGCCUACUUGUGCAGCGCUCUGUCCAGAGAAGAUGGGACCUUCGUCUUCCCCUCACUGGCCAGUGGCGAGUACACUGUGGUGCCUUUCUACAGGGGGGAAAGGAUCACUUUUGACGUCGCUCCUUCGAGGAUGAAUUUUAAGGUGGAACACAACAGUUUGAAACUAGAGCCCAUCUUCCGUGUCAUGGGCUUCUCUGUGACUGGCCGAGUUCUUAACACUGUCGGAGGGGAGGGCGUCCCUGAUGCCACAGUGUCCCUUAACAACCAGAUCAAAGUCAUCAGCAAGGAGGACGGUUCUUUCCGGCUUGAGAACAUGACGGCCGGCACCUACACCAUCCGUGUCCACAAGGAGCUCAUGUUCUUUGAGCCAAUCACGGUGAAGAUUGCCCCCAACACGCCUCAGCUCCCUGACAUCGUCACAGCAGGGUUUAGUGUGUGUGGCCAGAUCUCCAUCAGCCGGCUGCCCGAGGGCAUGAAGCAGCAGGGCCGCUACAAGGUCACUCUGACACACCAGGAGCAAGACAAGUCUUCCAGCAAGACCGUCGACUCCGAUCCUCAGGGGGCCUUCUGCUUUCAGGCCAAGCCAGGAGACUACAGUGUCCAUGUGUCUCUCCCCGAGGCGGAGGUGAAAGCAGGCCUGGCUCUGCAGCCUCAAGCCCUGCAGGUCUCCCUCGUGGACCGGCCCCUCACAGACCUACUUUUCACCCAAUUCAUGGCUUCUGUCUCUGGAAAAGUCUACUGUUUAGCGUCCUGUGAUGACCUGUCAGUAACCCUGCAGCCUGUGAGUCGGCAGGGAGAGAGGAGGGCGGUGGCUCUGUCUGGCAGCAGUGACACGCUCAGCUUCUCCUUUGACAAUGUUUUACCUGGAAAAUACAAAGUGAGUAUUUCCCACGAGGAGUGGUGUUGGAAGCAUAAGUCCGUGGAAGUGGAGGUUCUGGAGUCAGAUGUCUUGGGGGUGGAGUUCAGACAGAUUGGCUACAUCCUGCGCUGCUCCCUAUCCCAUGCCAUUACUUUGGAGUUCUUCCAAGAUGGCAGCAAACCGGAGAACGUCGGCGUGUACAACCUCUCGAAGGGAGUCAACCGCUUCUGCCUCUCCAAGCCUGGUGUUUACAAAGUCACCCCUCGCUCCUGCCAUCAGUUUGAGCAGGACUUCUACACCUACGACACCUCAGCCCCCAGCAUCCUGACCCUCACUGCAGUGCGGCAUCACAUGACCGGGCUCAUCACCACAGACAAGCUCCUAGAUGUCACAGUAACCAUCAAAUCAUCUAUCGAGAGCGAGCCGGCUCUGGUGCUGGGUCCACUGCGGAGCCUGGAGGAGCAGAGGCAGGAGCAGCAGCUGCAAGAGAUUCAACUGCGCCGUCAGGAACGAGAGCGCCGCGCUGCUGAAGAGGACGGAGGAGCUCGGGAUGAUAGCCCUCCCAUCCAAGAGAAAGCUGAUGAACUGACCGGCCCCUUCCACUAUGAGUUCUCUUAUUGGGCCAGAGCUGGAGAGAAGAUCACAGUGACACCCUCCUCCAAGGAACUGCUGUUCUACCCUCCUGAGGUGGAGGCCACUAUCACUGGAGAAUCCUGUCCAGGUCGGCUGGUGGACAUCGCAGGGCGUGCAGGUCUCUUCCUGGAGGGCAAGGUGUCACCAGAGCUGCAGGGUGUGGAGAUCUCCAUCACUGAAAGAGGAGCAGUUACGCCGUUCAUUACUGUGGCCACUAAUGAGAUGGGAACCUACAGCGUGGGUCCGCUCCACAGCGACCGGCAGUACGACAUCAGUGCCAGUAAAGAGGGUUUCGUCCUGAGCCCUGUGGAGGGAACCCAGGGAGAUUUUAAAGCAUUUGCUCUGGCUGGCGUCACCUUCAAGAUCAAAUCAGAGGACGGUCACCCUCUGUCAGGUGUCCUCCUGUCACUGAGUGGAGGACAAUUUCGCUCCAACCUGCUGACCCAGGACACUGGCCUGCUCACCUUCAAUAACCUGAGUCCCGGUCAGUACUACUUCAAACCCAUGAUGAAGGAGUUCCGCUUCGAGCCGGCAUCUCAGAUGAUCACAGUGGAGGAAGGUCAAAACCUCAGCAUCGAUAUAACUGGCAUUAAGACUGCUUAUAGCUGCUAUGGAGCGGUGCAGUCCCUGAGCGGGGACGCAGAGAGGGAUGUGGCCGUAGAGGCGGUGGGACAAGGAGAGUGUAGCCUGUACAGCGAGGACACUGUCACUGAUGAGGAGGGUCGCUUCAGACUCAGGGGUCUGCUGCCGGGUUGCAGAUAUCUCAUUCAGCUGCGAGCUGAAGGGAACGACCACAUAGAGAGGGCCUUACCUCAACACAGAGCUAUAGAGGUGGGCAGCAGUGACAUUGACGGGGUCAACAUCAUCGCCUUCAGACAAAUCAAUCAGUUUGACCUCAGUGGAAAUGUCCAGACAUCCCCUGAACAUCUCCCCACACUAUCAGUGAAGCUUUACAAGAGUGACAAUCUCGACAACCCAAUUAACAGCGUCUCUCUGGGACAGUCUCUCUUCUUCCACUUCCCUCCUUUGGACAGAGAUGGAGAGAGCUACGUACUGAUGCUGCACUCCACGUUGUCCCGCUCCCAGUAUGACUACACUCUGCCUCAGGUCACCUUCACCUCCAGCGGCUACCACAAGCACGUCACACUCACCUUCAACCCCACUCGUAAAGUGCCUGACCAGGAUGUUGCCCAGGGCUCCUACAUAGCUCUGCCCCUCACUCUGCUGCUCCUGUUAGCAGCAUACAACCACGAGAAGGUAAUCCCCCUCCUGUUACAGGUGGUGAACCGUAUCCAGGGAGUGAGGAGCAUGGCCCAAGCCAGCGGGGACAGCGCUGCUCUGGAUGAAGCCAAACGUCAGGCCAAGAGACAGAAGGCCAGGCGCACAUGAGGAAACAGCCACGGCUCGGCUCAGACCACAUCUUUGUACACUGAAUAGUACACUUUCACCCAUGGUUACAGCCUCACAGAGCACUGGGGGUUUGCUCAAAGAAUAGAUGUCGGUUCACAUGGUGAACCUCUUAGCAUUUGGAGUGGCUGUGGCUAAUUGUGUGUGCCUGUGAACUAUUUAGCUUGCUAAAAUGUGAUUUGGCCCCAAGCCCAAUAUGAACCACUCAACGCGCAUUACCACCACCAACAGCCAUUCAGAUUCACUGGACUGAUAGCUGAUAUUUUUUACAGGUUGUUUUUUUUUUUGUUUUUUUUUUUAAACAAAACACUCAUUGUCUGAAAAAAUUGUUAUUAUAUGUAAUAGAAUAUGAGCCAUUUUAUACCUUUGUAAUUUAUCUAGGUCAGCUCAGAUCUUCUCUGUGUGUUUUGAAAGCACUUGAAUGCUUUUGGUGUGAGUUUGGACUAUCAGGCACCGUGAAUUAAUCAUGUCUCUUGCAUACUGACUUUGGGUCAAUUCAGACAAUACACAAAGGGGUUUUGUGACUGGAAUUAAAUAAGAUCUAGUCACAGCUACUCGUUUUAAUGUAAAACACAGAGUUUCUGAGCGUUCAGGUAAGAGUCGUUAAGAUUUUGAGCUUGUGAAAUGAUAAUGCUUGUGGUCCUGUGUCACCCUUGGUAACCUGUGUGGAAAAAGUUUGUGAAUAUAUAGAUUAUAUAUAAUGUAUAGUCCUCAAAGGUUGAAAAAUGACUGCACACUUAAUUUCACAGUCUCAAAAACUUUAUGGCCCUUAUUUGACCACACAGACUUGAUAUGAAAUUGAAUCAGCCCCAAAUAGAGUUACCUCCUUAUAAUGCCAUCACAAACAGUGGAUUCAUACUGUAACGCCAACUAUGAUUGAUUGGCUGCCCAAAGACGCUGUCAAGCUAAUAAAUGCUUUGUACCACUGUCA